AUGAGAGGCAUGAUUCUCUACACCGCAUUCCAUAGGGUCAAGUUCCACGCAAUCAAUGCUCACGGACAUCGUGAUUCAACCGUUACCGUGGAUUCAGUGCACUGUCAGCCACCACGAAAGGACAAAAGAAGGCAGAUAGUUCCUGCGCGCUUCGACACGGUUUUAGUUAACGAAGAUGGUGGUGGGACGACAGGUGUUGAUGGGUAUCGUGUUGCACAAGUGCGCAUCUUCACGCUGACAAGCCAGGCUACAGCUGCCUUAUUUCGCACACCUGGAAUUUUGCCUACCCACUUUGCAUAUGUGGAAUGGUUCACGCCAUUCGGGCAGCCUGAAGCAAACCAUGGUUUGUAUAAAAUUUCCCGCCUCAUUCGUAAUGGAGAGCGUCUGGCAAGCAUCAUUGACAUUUCUGAUAUUCGCAGGAGUGUACAUCUUAUUCCAAAAUUCGGCCCUGUAGCACCUCGUGAAUGGACCAGUAGUACCGUUCUGGAGCUUUGUUCUACCUUCUUCAUAAACUCGUUCAGCGACAGGCAUGCUUAUUUAACUAUUAUCUGA